UUAGGGUAUACUAGAUACGAUGCAAGAGAUGUAAAAAGAAGUUUUAGGGUGCGUGGUGGAGAAUAAAGUGCUUCAUAAUGCCUUAUUAUCACGUGUAGAGGCUACGGAUUUUCAGAAAACAAUCUUUCCAUUGAGGUUAACUUCAAUGACAUUGCAACCAGGCUCAGCAUCUACAGUGGUUGAGAAUCUGUCAUCGAAAGCAUUAUCUUCUGCUCGAAGGAAUUUAGCAAAGCUGGAACUCAGUGAUGGCAGUAGUAUAUAUGCAAAGUUGGUGGUUGGAGCUGAUGGGGGUAAAUCACGUGUUAGGGAAUUAGCAGGAUUCAAAACGACUGAAUGGAACUACUCACAGAAUGCAAUUAUCUGUACGGUGGAGCAUUCCAUUGAAAACCAAUGUGCAUGGCAACGGUUUCUACCUUCUGGUCCAAUCGCACUUUUGCCUAUUGGUGACAAGUUUAGCAAUAUUGUUUGGACCAUGAACCCAUCAGAGUCAGACCACCGUAAAUCAAUGAAUGAUGAUGAUUUUGUGGAGGAUGUCAACCGUGCUUUGGAUUAUGGCUAUGGUCCUCAUCCUAAAUCAAGCUUAAUAGAAACUGGCAACUUUUUCUCUUGGCUUAAAAUGGAUUCAACAUUCUCAGCCAAUCAGUUUUUUGAAAUUCCUCCUAAAGUAGUGAAGUCAGCGUCUCAAAGAAUGGUGUUUCCAUUGUCCUUACGGCAUGCGAACACCUAUGCAUCAAAGCGUGUGGUCCUAAUUGGAGAUGCAGCUCACACUGUCCAUCCUCUUGCUGGUCAAGGAGUUAAUUUAGGUUUUGGAGAUGCAUUUAGUCUUUCGAAAAUAAUUGCAGAAGCUAUUGCUCUUGGCAAUGACAUUGGAGAGGUACAUUUAUUGAAGAAGUACGAAACAGAGAGGAAGCCAGCAAAUAUUAUGAUGAUGGCGGUCCUUGAGGGCUUUCAAAAAGCUUACUCUAUUGAUUUUGGACCGUUGAAUGUACUGCGAGCUGCGGCUUUCCACGGGGCGAACUAUAUAUCACCACUCAAACGAAGUAUCAUUUCUUAUGCUUCUGGGGACCAGAAACUGCCCCUUUUCACUUGAGAACAUGGAACAGCCCGUCCACACUUUGGUUGUUUUCAUGUUGAUUAAUUUUUCCAUCCAAGAUGGUCAUAAGCAUAUUCCUUGAGAUA